AUGACAGUUUUAAAAAUUCUUGUUGGAUGUAAAAGAGUUAUAGAUUUCGCAGUAAAAAUUCGAGUUAAUUCAGCAAGGACAGCAGUAGAAACAGCCAAUAUUAAACAUUCACUCAACCCAUUUGAUGAAAUUGGUGUUCAAGAAGCCAUUAAUUUGAGAGAAGUUUUGGGUAAGGAUAAAGUAUCCGAGAUUAUCGCAUUAACAUGUGGACCAUCCAAAAGUCAAGAACAAUUAAGAACAGCUUUGGCUAUGGGUGCCGAUCGAGCUAUACAUGUUGAAACUUCAGAAGAUCAAACAUUAGAACCAUUAAAUGUGGCUAAAAUAUUUAAGGCUAUUAUAGAGAAGGAAAAUCCAAAUUUGGUUAUUUUAGGUAAACAAGCCAUUGAUGAUGAUUCAAAUCAGACUGGUCAAAUGUUGGCUGUUGACAUCAAUGAAGAUAAUAUUACGGUAACACGUGAAGUGGAUGGAGGCUUAGAAACUAUAAGAAGUAAAUUACCGGCUAUCGUAACUACAGAUUUACGGUUAAAUGAACCUAAAUUUGUCACUCUCCCAAAUAUUAUGAAAGCCAGAAAAAAGCCUUUGACUAAAUUUUCCCUUCAAGAUUUUAAUAUAGAUGUUACUCCAAGGUUGGAAAUAAUUUCUGUAACCGAACCGUCAACUAGACAAUCUGGCACAAGAGUAGAUUCUGUGGAUGAUCUAAUUUCUAAAUUAAAAUCUGCUGGAGCUUUGGAAUAA